GCUUUAGUGAAUGAUUUCCCUCGGGGCGGUGCUGGACUUCUCUGCCACCCACCUGAGUCCGCGGUCGCACCGCCCAAGCGGGCAAGCCUGCCAGCGCUGCCCCGGCACCGCGGGCCAUGGCUACGGAUUCUUGGGCCCUAGCAGUAGACGAACAGGAAGCCGCAGCUGAGUCUUUGAGCAACUUGCAUCUUAAGGAGGAGAAAAUCAAACCAGAUGCCAAUGGUGCUGUUGUUAAGACCAAUGCAAACACAGAGAAGACAGAGGAAGAUGAGAAAGAGGACAGAGCUGCUCAGUCUUUACUCAACAAGCUGAUCAGAAGCAAUCUUGUGGAUAACACCAACCAAGUGGAAGUCCUGCAGAGGGACCCAAGCUCCCCGCUCUACUCAGUGAAGUCCUUCGAAGAGCUUCGCCUGAAACCACAGCUUCUCCAGGGAGUCUAUGCUAUGGGUUUCAACCGCCCUUCCAAAAUACAGGAAAAUGCAUUGCCUUUGAUGCUUGCUGAACCCCCACAGAACUUAAUUGCCCAGUCUCAGUCUGGUACGGGUAAAACAGCUGCCUUUGUUUUGGCUGUGCUCAGCCAAGUAGAGCCUGCAAACAAGUUUGCCCAGUGUCUCUGCCUCUCUCCAACCUAUGAGCUUGCUCUUCAAACAGGAAAAGUGAUUGAGCAGAUGGGCAAGUUUUACCCUGAACUGAAGCUAGCUUAUGCUGUUCGAGGCAACAAAUUGGAGAGGGGUCAGAAGGUGAGUGAGCAGAUUGUCAUUGGCACCCCCGGGACCGUCUUGGACUGGUGCUCCAAGCUGAAGUUCAUUGACCCCAAGAAGAUCAAGGUGUUUGUUCUGGACGAGGCUGAUGUGAUGAUAGCGACUCAGGGCCACCAAGACCAGAGCAUCCGCAUCCAGAGGAUGCUGCCCAGAAACUGCCAGAUGCUGCUUUUCUCGGCCACCUUUGAAGACUCGGUGUGGAAGUUUGCCCAGAAGGUGGUCCCAGACCCCAACAUCAUCAAGCUGAAGCGUGAGGAGGAGACUCUGGACACCAUCAAACAGUACUACGUCCUCUGCAAUAACAGAGAGGAGAAGUUCCAGGCCCUGUGCAAUCUGUAUGGGGCCAUCACCAUCGCCCAAGCCAUGAUCUUCUGCCAUACCCGCAAAACAGCUAGCUGGCUGGCAGCAGAGCUCUCAAAAGAGGGCCACCAGGUGGCCCUGCUGAGUGGAGAGAUGAUGGUGGAGCAGAGGGCUGCGGUGAUCGAGCGCUUCCGAGAAGGCAAAGAGAAGGUUCUGGUGACCACCAACGUGUGUGCCCGUGGUAUCGAUGUUGAACAGGUGUCUGUCGUCAUCAAUUUUGACCUCCCUGUGGACAAGGACGGGAACCCAGACAAUGAGACCUACCUGCACCGCAUUGGGCGCACUGGCCGCUUUGGCAAGAGGGGUCUGGCGGUCAACAUGGUGGACAGCAAGCACAGCAUGAAUAUCCUCAACAGGAUCCAGGAGCAUUUUAAUAAGAAGAUAGAAAGACUGGACACAGAUGAUUUGGACGAGAUUGAGAAAAUCGCCAACUGAGGCGCUCGCUUCUCCAUGGGCUGGCGCCACCCUCAGCGCUCCCUGCCUGGGAGUCUAGUGCUUUCAUGGCAUAGGCCUGACGGGCCCCUCAGAGACCACGGGCUGAGUAGAGACUACCUACCUCAUUCGGAAUUACGUUUGGACUUGACAAAUUUGUGCAAAUGAUGAGGGAUGGUAGAAAUGUGUUUACACAACUUUGGAAGAUUAGGCAUGAAUACACAGAAAUUUACCUUUUCAAGUCCCAUCUUUUUUUUUUGGACAGUAUUUUCCCAUCACACUGAUCUAGAUAAUAUGCCUAGGAUUCCUCAUGACAAACCUUAGCUGUUUGUGACUUGGAGUUUGCAGGCCAGCCUCGUGGAAGUGACAGCACAGAACAGAGAGCACGUAGAGGCAGAGUCCUCAGGGAGGAGGAGGAUAUAAGCCAGUCGUGUGUCAGGAAGAUGGCACAAGGCACUGGAGUUGGCCUGUGGACUGCUGCUUAGGACUUGGUUGGUGUGUAAUGGCUAAGCUGUGUGUUACCUGACCCCUGCUGACAUUCUUUCCAGGAAAAGAUUUGCCAUGUUGGACCAAAAUGCCUUUGGGGCCUCUCCUUAAGCUUUGUGGCUCAGGAACAUGGGCAAAUCUAGUUAUUGGUGAGUUCUUGGCUCAUACUUCAGCAAGACCUGUGGAGAAGUUGUCCUGGAGGAUUAGUGGUGCCUCUGGCUUCCGGUAACACCUGGAUCAUGGGUACUUGAACCAUAGUUUUUACAUCUGUAACAUCACUUGGACUGUUAGUAGUCCCAGGCAAAUAACAGGGUACUGAGGUUUGGGUUCUAAGUGAGUACUGUAGCUUAAAGUUUCUGAUGGGCUGGCAGCCUUGAUCAGAGCAGGCUAGGCAUGGUCAGCAGUUGCCAAAAUUCCUUGCUUUGUUUGCAGUUCCUGAAAGAUUAGUCCUGUCAGAGCUGGGGAGUGACUGCAGAUAUUGGGCAACGUGGCUCUAAAGGGAUUCUGAUGGUCUGUGUUCACAGUGAGUGUGAUGAGGGACAGGACGGACCACAGCCGUUUGUCUGUCCACAAUGAGUAAUCAACAAGUACUUGCUGCUUUCUCCCUUAGCAUCCAUCAUUAGGACAGUAAAAGCACACAAUAAACAGAGAACUUCUCACACUGGCUAGGCCAUAGAUACUACAGAGUGACAGCAAUGUGGAGGGAUUGAGAAGCAUCCUCUUCAGUUCUUUGACUUGGACAUGGGGUGAGUCUUCUCUCUAGGGCUUGUUUUGUUAGUUUUGUUGCAUGUAUGUGUUGUGCUGGGACUCAAAGCCUUGCGUUCUGCUACCUAAGCACGGUUACUCUGAACUAUUAUUUCCAGCCAUGAUAGAGGCUUGUUGUGGUGAGAAGUAUAGACCUGUGUUCCCAUAUCUUAAGGCCAGUUCCGUCCCCUGGGAAAGGAGAGUGCCAUGGCUACCACCUGGUGGUGGUUCAAUGUCACAGAGAAAUCAACAGGUGCUUGUUCUCCACUCUCCAGUGGGUAUUUGAAUAGAAUUCUCUGUGGGCUCCUGGCCAACUUUGAUCUAUUUUAGGAGUCUUAAAAGGAAAGAAUAAACUUUUUCUCCCAAAAUACUGUGGAUCAAACUUGAAAUAAGUGAAAACAAGAACUGUAGUUAGAGAAGUGUAUGACUCUUCCCUGAGUCUGAGAAGGAGACUGGGCAAGGCGAGCAGCAGCCCCUCCAGUGGCUUCUGGUGGGAGUGUAGAUCAACACUCCUAACCUAGUGUCCUGCACCUCGGAGAAUACUGGAUGGGUUUCAUGGUGUCUGUGAAGUUAUAUACAUUAGUUUAAGGUUUAAAAACUUCUUAGGAAGACUCCCAAAAGAUUUUCCACCUUUUAAAAAGGUGAGUCCUACAUUGUGAAUGGCUCUGGCAUGUCACUAGUGUCAUGUGGACCAUACUCUUUCCCAGCCCACACUCACUCCUGCCACCAUCUAUCCCCCAGGGGCAGAUUAGCACUGUCUGGAGCCUUAAGAAUGUAUUGAGCUUACAGAGCCUUGAUCCCAGGGAUUUGACUGUUAUGUAUCUAUGGAGUGAGAAACUGAGCUCUUGGACGAAGGAGCUCAGGGAAAGAAAGAAGGGAGAAGCUCAGGGAAAGACAUAUUUUUGUGUAAUGAAAAGUUUUGUGAUGCUCAUUAUCCACAAACAUAUUUAUAUUGGAAUUUUAUUCCUUGACCUCAAACUUAAGUUUCUGCCUCAGUUUCCUGGGUGCUAGAAUUGUAGGUGUGUACUAUCAUGCCAGACUGUGGUAUUUUUGUUCUGAGUAUCAUUUAUUGGUUAUAUGCAUGCAUAAGAUCUGAUAAGUUGUUGAGACAUAGUCUUUUAGGGAUUUGGGGUUUUUGUUUUUUUGAGACAGGGUUUCUUUGUGUAUCCCUGGCUGUCCUGGAAUUUGCUCUAUAGUAGAUCAGGCUGGCUUUGAACUCCAAGAUCCACCUGCCUUUAGCUCCUGAGUGCUGGGAUUAAAGGUGUGCACUACCACACCCCGCACGAUAUAGUUUUUGCUGGUGUUAAUUAUGAAUUGUUCAUGUUACUAAGACAGUAAUGCUUAUAAGAAGCAAGUAGUAUCUUGUGGUUGGUGAUAUAUUAAGUAAAGUUAAUACCACCUUCAGCUAGUAUUAGUCUAUGUCAGGUGGUACUGUUCGAACGUGAGCAACGAGGGCAUCUCCAUAGAACCAGGAUUCUGCUCACUUGCCAGGCAUUCACAAACACACAUGCAUACGCACACACACAAAUACACACACCAUUCCACUUUAGUAAAACAGGAUGAUUUAGGUCACAGCAUGUAAGGUCAGUCUGUGGGUGCAUCCUCCAGGAGUGAUGGUAUAUACCAGUCAGUCCCUGCAUUAGCAACGGUGAUAGUCCAUACCUGUAGUCCCUGCAUACCAAGAGCGAUAGUCCAUACCUGUAGUCCCUGCAUACCAAGAGUGAUAGUCCAUACCUGUAACCCCAGCGUUAGCAAAGCUGAGGCCAGAGGGAUUUGAGUUGAAAGUAAACCCAGGCCUACAUAGGUCCUGUUUCAAAAAACAAACAAAUAAAACAAAACAAAAAACAAUCUCAACAUGGUAGUUCAUGCCUAUAAUCUUGGCAUUUGUGAUAUAAAAGCAGGAAGUUCAGGAGUUCAAAGCUAACCUAGGCAAUAAGAGGCUGGGUCAGGGCAUAGCACCUGGAGAUAGAUCUUUCCUAUUUCUUACAGAAUCAGUGUCCGAGACUGGUAUAGAGUUCCAGAGGCCAGAGAAUGUUGAAUAAAGGAGUGGGGUUUGUGUGUGAGGAAGCAGGCUCGUGACAAGAUUUGCAAGGAAAGGACUCAUCCUCAGGUACAAAGAGAAGUUGAGGCUAGCCUGGCCUACAGCAAGCCCUGUCUCAGAAAGGAAAAGAGUAGAAAGUAUUGGGUACAGUGGUCCUUUUUUAUAAUUGCAGCACUCAGGAGGCUGAGACAGUAUUGCUGAGUUCAAAGCCAGCCUGGGUUACUUAGAAACAGGCCAGCCUUAGCUGUGUUAGUCAAGAUGACAAGGGUGACAGAGAUCCCCUGGGAACACAGCUCAGGUGGCCCUGUGUGGGAAAGUCAGGGUUCACAGGAUAAAAUGCUGCUGCUGCUGCUGCUGUUCAGUUUUUAUUGUGCUUGGUGUAGGGUCUCACUGUUUAACACAGACUGGCCUGGAAAUCAAAGCAAUUCUACCUCAGCCUCCUGAGUGCUGGGAUUCUAAGCAGGAGCCACUAUGACCUGGCAACUAAAUUUUGACUGUCUCACAGUCCAGUGUCCUGCUGUGACGGAGUAGCCAGGGCUGAGUAGUCUGAGGACAGGUGAGCCUGCAGGCCUGGAGGGAGACAUCAACAUGAGAGCAUUAGCAGCAGGAUGAGGGAUUCUGAAAUCAGCGUAGCAAAAUUGGCUUUCUGUUGUUGGAGGAGGGAACUGGACUGCCUGCCUCCUCUGCCCACACCACUCGAGGUAAUGCUGAAGGCUUCAUGGACUCUCAAGUUUCUCUUGAUCCUCUUUUAGAGACACUAGACUCAUAGAAAUUCAUUGCAAGUUUACAUGGCUUUGCUUCUGUGCUUGAGAGUAAAUAUCCUGUGCUUUGUUGCGUGGCUGUUAUGGUGUCUUCUAUAAAGGACCCUGGUGCACGGAAUUAACUCAAGAAACGUAUGCUGAGGCACAUACACUGCUUUUCUUACCCUUAGCUGAGAUAGGGCUUUCCCAGAACAGCUUGGAACCCUAGUGUGAAGAUGCAGACCCAUGCUUUUCUUGGCCUCCAGACUGUCUUGGCUUUAGAAUCCGAUGGGGCAGGGGAGUGGCUGUUCUUGUCGUAGUUUCAGUCAUGAAGUGGGGAAUGACUAGAAGGUGGAGGAAGGUGUGGUGGCACACAGCUGUAAUCUUAACACUUGCAGGGCUGAUGGUUGAAACUUUAGAGUACUGUUAGGGCUACAGAGGUCUAGACUGUGUAGUGAGAUCAUGUCUCUUCAAAAUGAAAAGAUUAGGUCAAGCUUUACCGUGAUGCCUGACAUGCCUGCUGUCCAAAUGAACCAUGUCUCCCCUCUGCCUUAGCUCCAGUUAAUGGACAGAGGGACGAGGGUGAGAGAGCAGAUCUUUGUCUUUUUGAGCGGCUAGCUUUUGCCAACGUAAGAAAUAGCUUUCCCUACAAGACUGCUGUUGCUCAGUAUGUUUUUCCCAUUCCAAUUCUUCAACUUAAGAACAGCCUACUGAGUGUAAGUUAUUGUAAUAUUCCCUGAGGGCAUGCCUCUCCUGCUUUUUUGUUUGUUUAUUUGUUUGUUUCUUUCUUUUGGUUUGGGUUUUGUAUGUGUGUAUGUGUUUAGUUCAUUUUGCUAUCUGACAGCAGUAGCUGCUAAGUAUGCGUAGAAAUUAUCAAGAUAUGGCUAGUGAGAUGACUGGUUAUUGCAGUCCAGUUCCUAAAGGUAGGAGAAAACUAGCUAGCCUCAGGGAGUUGUCCUUAGACCUCAGUAGUGGGGCAAUGGUGCAUAGUCACACACAAAUUUUAUUUUUUAAGACUUGCUCGUCUUUUUAAAUAAAUAUAUUUUUAAAAAUGUG